UUGCCAACUCUUCGGUACCCGCAGAUAUUUCCUUUCCUUCCCUUCCCUCUCCUUCAUCACUCCCAAUGCCCCCGCUUCUCUCUGCUUCUUAACACAACAACUCUUCACCAAAUUAACACCCCCCCCGCCCCCCCCAAAUAAGCUUCCUUUCCAGAGCCCCUGCUCUCUCGAAUCUCGAUCUCCAACCCAAAAUAUUUCAUCAAACCAAAACUUAUCUUUCAAUUCGUUAUUAUUAUUAUUAUUAUUAUUAUUAAAACUUACAUUUUGUUCGUCUAUAAUUUAUGCUAAUGGCUCACCAAACUUCUGAUCGAUUGACCUCUACUGCAUCGAAUGAGAAAUGUGGAAUCUACUGCGAGAUUGUUCUGCUGGUUUCUUUUAUUUGUUUAAAGGAUAUUAUUGGAGAUGAUCGUGGACAUAAUUAAUGUUUGGCAACAAAUAGUAUCAUCGCCUAACCAUGUUUGUUCGACAACUCGGCAGAGGUUUUCAACGUUAUGGUUCUGGAUAGCAACAUCCUUGCUAAUCCGAACGCUUUGACUAAUAAGGAUUUGGUAACUGUUGGUUCCUUGAGGGAUGGUUCAUCCCAUCAGUCGGGAUUCAUGCCAUCUGUUGUUGAGUCCAAGACAACCUAUUUGCCCAAUGCCUAUUCUCCUGAGGCACAGUUCCAUCAAGAAGCUCAUAAACAGGGUUCAUUGCUUCCAUAUGUUAAUGCUGAGGGUUUGGACAAUGGUUUUCAUGACAUCUACAAUGAAACUGCAUCUCUUGGGUUUCAUGGUUUUGGGCAUAGUCCACAAAUGCAACAAAGAGCUUAUGCUCCGGUUUCAUCUUAUCUGCCUCCUGUUGGGGAUCCUAUCGGGCUGUCCAAUGCAAGGCAUUUCAUCACCAUAGAUUCAUCUUAUCACCAUCCAUCAGUUCCCCAAAAUAUUCCACAUGUUACUUCAAAGGCCCAGUUUUCUCAUUUAGAGUGUCCUGUAAAUAUUGAGCAACAAGUGGUUGGAAAAAGAUUUGGGCUGAGAACCAAUUACCUUCCUCAGUUAGGAUCAUUUGAUGGAGGAAGAAACUUCUUUGGAAGCUCCAGCAGUCUUUGCUCUUCAUACCAAGGGUCUGAUGGUUUUGCGGUUGGUGGAUUCUGCUCAGACUGGUCAAAGCCUUUUAGUGGGAAGAGUUCUCUGUUUCAUCUCUCAUAUGCACCAGCUUCUCCAAAACGGGUUGGUUCACUAGAGUUUUCUUCAAACGGUCCUGCAGUGGUUUCUUUUCAAAAAGGACCAUUUAAUGGGUUUGGUUGUACUAGCUCCAGCUCUAGAGGCUACAGUGGUAGCCAAAGUGAUCAACGUUCUUGUCAUGGUAGUGUCUCUACUAAUAGUUUAGGAAUAAGUGGUCAUAACUGGCCUACGCUUGCUGAAGCAAGACAAGGAGGGAGCUGCAAUGACUUCUCCUGCAGUUGUACUGUAACGCUUGAUACACUAAGUGAGCGUAACAGGGGACCUAGGGCAUUUAAGCCGAAAACACAGAUAACUACGAAAGGUUUUAUUGUUGAUAGCAGCCAGAAUGGCACAAUUAAUGGCAUUACCAAUGGAUCCUACAACCGACAGAAUUUUGUCACUGAUUAUGAGGGUGCCAAGUUCUUUGUGAUAAAAUCUUAUAGUGAAGAUAAUGUUCACAAGAGCAUUAAGUAUGGUAUCUGGGCUAGCACUCCGAUCGGCAACAAAAAAUUAGAUACUGCUUAUCAUGAGGCAAAAGCUAUACAAGGAACAUGCCCGGUCUUUCUCUUAUUUUCGGUCAAUUCUAGCGCUCAGUUUUGUGGAGUGGCUGAGAUGGUGGGACCUGUUGACUUUGAUAAAAGUGUGGAUUAUUGGCUUCAGAAUAAGUGGUCUGGGCAAUUCCCUGUUAAGUGGCACAUUAUUAAAGAUGUCCCCAAUAGUCAGUUCCGCCACAUUCUACUCGAAAGUAAUGACAACAAGCCUGUUACUAACAGUAGAGAUACUCAAGAGGUCGAGUUUGAACAGGGCAUUGAGAUGAUAAACAUUUUCAAGAAUUAUGAAAGUCAUUCUUCAAUCCUUGAUGACUUUUAUUUCUACGAAGAGCGGCAAAAAGCAAUGCAGGAAAGGAAGGCCAGGCAGCUAACCAGCCUAGUGGCUUCCGAUGAUUUAGUGUGUGAAGCAUCAAACUUCGUCUCACUCCCUAAUGAUAUCGUGAAGAAAAUGUCCAAGAGCUUUGCAGAAGUUCUUUUGUUAAACGAGAAUGAGAAAGCAGGCGGAGGAACUGGAAAGGUGCUCUCUGCUGCCUGUGGAGGCCAUGUUAGAUAGGUGCAACUACAAAUUUGGCCAGCAAGGAAACAGAUAUGAUGGGUAGGGAAUUACAGUUUAUACCUUUAUAUGCAUAUUAUGAAAAGUGGAUUUAAAUCCAACCAAUGUCACCUCUUACGUUGAUCUCGUGUUUGUUUCUUUAUUAUUUCCUGCCUCACAAGUUUUGAGAAGGCACCUAGUUUGGGUUA